UAACCAAUAGGGACGAGGGGAGGGCAGGAUUGCGUGCCACAUGUGUUUGUAACACACGCGGUUUGCAGGAGUUGUCGGAAGUGUCCUGGAAGCGUUUGAGUUACUGUAGUCGUGAACCCGCAGCAUCUGUUGUCGCCACAAUGACGAAGAGUAAAAUAACCAAACCCGAAUCCGAGAGCGUGGAAAUCAAGCGCAAAACAAAGCAAAAGACUAAGAAGAGAGUCGCGGAGGAAAUGGAGCAGAAGCCGUUUGAGAAGAAGGAGCAGGGUGAGCCUGAACGAAAGAAGAAGAACAAGAAGAACAAGGUCGAGGAGCCAGAAGAGGUUCUUCGUGAGGUACAGGGAGAGGAGGAGGAUGAAGAGGGCUUAACGCUGGAGGAGAGGAGGAUUCUGGAACGAAAGAUCAAGAAGGAGCGUAAGAAGGAGGAGAAGCAGCAGAUGAAGGAAGCUGGGGUCAGCGCUCAGGAGACGGAGCCUGUGAAGCCGUCCGGGUCGGAGAUGGCCCAGGACUAUCUGACCUGUUGGUCCAAAAACCGCAAAGACUGGAGAUUUCAAAAGACGAGACAGACCUGGCUUCUGCAGCACAUGUUUGACAGCGACAAGCUUCCUGAUGAGUUCUUCGCAGUGAUGCUGGAGUAUCUGGAUGGGCUGAAGGGCGGCGCUCGCGAGACCACGGUGAAGAAGGCAGAGUCCGUCAUCAGAGGCUGCGAGGAUUCGGAAGACAGCGCCGCUGCGGUGAAGGCAGGACGAGCCAGAGAGGUCAUCCAGCUUCUCUCCUAAACCUGCCUGCUUCCGAACAGCCUGGCGUGGGAGAGAGAGACUGGGCAUGGAGGUGGAGACCGCAGCUUGAGAGGUCUGGAUUGGUUCAUCUGUCCAGCAGGUUUGCAGGGAUCUUUGCAAAGAAGUUAUCACCCUGGAAAGCGUAGAUUAGAAGCAAAGCUGAAAUGAAGCACGUGCCCAAAGCAGUGAUGUGCUUUUGCAAUAAUUCCUGCAAACAGAUGAACCAAUCAGGGGAAACAGCAGACUCCCUGUAUACCAUCUUAAACUAAUCAAGAGGCUUGUAAUAUCAAUGUUCAUUUAAAUAGCCUUGCCUUUUAUUUUGUAUCUGUUGAAUGUCCUGUAUCAGAAUAGGUGUUGAGUGAAGUCACUAGCCUGGGACUCCUGCCAAGGUGCUGUAUAUUAGAGUAUCCUAGGCUUGUCAGUAUUCCGCCCUUUCCGUCACCCAAUAGGAAUCCCGGGUAUUCCCACUUCUCUCGUCAUUCUCCAGAUGUGCUGCUGUUUUUUAGCAUACAGUUGUGUAAUAUCCUGGAAUUCUGGUGUUCUGGACAGGUCUGUCUGUUCAUUCCUUAAGGAAUGAAACAGUAAAGUGAAACUCUCCACCUGCCAACAGCAGAUUUAUGUCCCUGAUCUCCUCUCUCUCCUCUCUCUCUCUCUCUCUCUCUCUCUCCUCUCUCUCUCUCUCUCUCUCUCUCUCUCUCUCUCUCUCUCUCUCUCUCUCUCUCUCAUUGCAUGUUGUACAUCAGCAAUUGGAAUCCAUGGUAUAUAAAACUUUUUUUUUGUAAUGAUACUGGCUGAUGGUUCUUUUGCAGCAUUUGAACUGUUUUGUUUUAAUAAAUGCAGAGAAUGUAUUUUAUUAAUGUCA